AUGGAUUCGAAAUACGCGGAAUAUAAUGCAAUCGCUAUGCGUCGAACUGCAUUUUUCGCGAUUGCUGUUUCAACUUUUGCCACUUUAGCUGCAAUAAUUUUUAUACCUAUGCUUUACAAUUAUAUGUAUCACAUUCAGUCGUCGCUCGACAUUGAAAUCGAUUUCUGCCAACACAGAAUAUUUGGACUGAUGGAACAAAUCGAGAGAGUAAGUCCUAUUGUUAUUUUACAUUUGAAAGCGAAAAUCGAAGGGGAAUAUGAAUAUGCAGACACUGGGAAACAUGAAGAAAAUGAUAUUGACCAUGAGGAAGCGCCAUGUUGCAGUUGCAGAACUGGUUUAGCUGGACCUCCUGGGCAACCAGGCAUUGAUGGAACCGACGGGUCUACCGGACCGCCUGGUAUUGAUGGGAAACCUGGUGAAGAUGCAGCUGAAGUUACUCUUUCGAGGCUUCAAGAUUUUUGUUUUGAUUGUCCAACUGGGCCACCUGGUAUGCCAGGUAACCAAGGAGUAAAAGGACAUCUCGGUACAGUUGGUUUGAAAGGCCGAGAUGGACAACCUGGGUCAACUGGUCCUCAAGGCUCUGCUGGUUUACAGGGGACUUCUGGACUGAUUGGACCACCUGGUCAAACAGGACCAAAAGGCCUCGAGGGAAAACUAACUACGAUUUUUGGGCCAGCGGGACCACAGGGACCACCUGGCCUCCCUGGCUUGCCUGGUUUGGAUGGACAUAACGGCAUUGACGGCAGACCCGGGAGAAUCGGGCCAUCUGGCCCACAGGGCAACCAAGGCGUACCAGGAGUCCCAGGGCAGGAUGGUAUUGCUGGGCUUCAAGGUUCUGCUGGGGAUGGCGGUAAUCAUGGUUCAUGCGAUCAUUGUCCCAGGCCUCGAACUGCCCCAGGCUAUUGA